UGCCCUUUUUUCCGUGCGGACGGACGGUUCUGUUCUGUUCUUCUGUUUAUUUAGUUUUUAUAUUUUUGCGUUGCCAACGCCGCAUCGCACCGCACAAACAAAAGGCAGAAGCAGUGGACAAACGCUUCUCACGACCAACGGGGAGUAAUUCGCCUAUUUUUGUUAUUGUUAAAUGUAAACAAUAUUUGAAACAAAAAAUUCCCUUAGCUAGAACACAAAAUGCAGUCGAUUAAGACGGCAGAUUUGCCGGAAAAUCCGCGAGAGAGUUCCAAUUUUAUAUCAUCAGCAUGCUUCUGGUAUACCAUGCCCAUAUUUAUUAAGGGACGCAAAAACACCUUGGAUACUACGGAUCUGUAUAGAGCUCUAAAGGAGCACAAGUCUGAGACACUGGGCAACAAAUUGUGCGCCGCCUGGGAACGAGAGCAGCAGCAGGGCGCCAAGAGGCGACCCAAUCUGCUGCGUGCACUGCUACGCGUCUUUGGCUGGUACUUUGGACUGCUUGGCCUGGUGCUGUUCAUCCUGGAGCUGGGUCUGCGCACCCUGCAACCGCUUUUCCUGCUUAAGCUGAUUGCCUACUAUUCGCAUGGCUCGGAGUCGAUCGAGGCGGCGUACUACUAUGCGGGCGGUGUGAUCCUGUGCAGUGCUCUCAAUGUAAUCAUCAUGCAUCCCUAUAUGCUCGGCACCAUGCACGUAGGUAUGAAAAUGCGUGUGGGAAUGUGCAGCAUGAUAUAUCGCAAGGCUUUGCGGCUUAGUAAAACCGCCCUGGGAGACACCACAGCUGGCCAUGUCGUCAAUCUGAUGUCCAACGAUGUGGGACGCCUGGAUUUGGCCACCAUAUUUGUGCACUACCUGUGGGUGGGACCAGUGGAGACUGUUUUCAUAACGUUUCUCAUGUACCAGGAGAUUGGUAUUGCCGCCGUCUUUGGUGUGGCCUUUAUGCUGCUGUUCAUACCCCUGCAGGCGUAUCUGGGCAAGAAGACCUCUGUGCUACGUCUGCGAACUGCAUUGCGGACGGACGAGCGGGUGCGGAUGAUGAAUGAGAUCAUAUCGGGCAUACAGGUGAUCAAGAUGUAUGCCUGGGAGCUGCCCUUCGAGACGAUGGUUGCGUAUGCGCGCAAAAAGGAGAUCAAUGCCAUACGCCAUGUGUCCUAUAUACGCGGCAUUCUGCUCUCGUUCAUCAUCUUCCUAACGCGCGUCUCCAUAUUCCUCAGUCUGGUGGGAUAUGUGCUGCUGGGCACAUUCCUCACGCCCGAGGUGGCCUUUCUGAUCACCGCCUACUACAAUAUCCUGCGCACCACGAUGACGGUCUUCUUUCCCCAAGGCAUCUCACAGAUGGCCGAAACACUGGUGUCCAUCAAACGCGUGGAGAAGUACAUGCAGUCCGAGGAAACGGACGUAUCGGACAAGAGUGUGGAUUGGCCGCUGGACACGCCGGGCAGCAAUCAGGCGACAGUUCACGCUGAGACGGAGGAGGAUCACGACGAAGUCGAGGAUAAGUUGCUGCCCUCACCCCUGGCGAUGCCUGUACCCCUGCCGCUGGGCAAGAUCAAUGAGAAUGCCGUGCUAUCCGAAGCGGGUAUUGCCAUCAACGGGCUGAAGGCCAAGUGGGAUGUCCACUCGCCCGACUACACGCUCAAUGGCGUCAAUCUGCGCGUCCAGCCAGGCACCAUGCUGGGCAUUGUGGGACGCACUGGCUCUGGCAAAUCCAGUCUCAUACAGGCGAUACUCGGGGAACUGCGCUCCGAGGCGGGAGAGAUCAAGGUGAAUGGCUCAAUGUCGUAUGCCUCCCAGGAGCCGUGGCUCUUCUCCGGCACCGUGCGCCAGAACAUUCUCUUUGGCCAGCCCAUGGACAGGCGACGCUACAUGAAGGUGGUGAAGAAGUGCGCCCUGGAGCGGGACUUUGAGCUGCUGCCCUACAAAGACAAGACAAUUGUGGGCGAACGCGGUGCCUCGUUGUCCGGCGGCCAAAAGGCGAGAAUCAGUCUAGCGCGAGCCGUCUACCGAGAGACAUCCAUCUACCUGCUGGAUGAUCCGCUCAGCGCCGUCGACACCCAUGUGGCCCGCCAUCUCUUCGAGCAGUGCAUGCGCGGCUAUCUGAGGGAGCGCAUUGUCAUUUUGGCCACCCAUCAGUUGCAGUUCCUGCAGCAGGCCGAUCAGAUCGUCAUCAUGGACAAGGGCCAGGUGAGCGCCGUGGGCACAUACGAGUCGUUGCGCGAUUCCGGUGUAGAUUUUGCCUCAAUGCUGAACGAGGAGGCCCGCGAAGAGCAGACGGAGGAACGCACACGCUCUCGGUCGGGCAGUCAAGUCGAUCAGCGACGCAACAGCGAGAUAUCUCUGGUAUCUGUAACCGAUUCCGUGCUAGCUGCCGGCGCAGAUCAGAUGGUCAACCAGGAGCGGCAGACGCAGGGUCGCAUCGGCCUGGGCCUCUACAACAAGUACUUCAAAGCUGGCGGCGGUUUCUUCGCCUUCUUCGUGAUGAUGGCUUUCUGUGUGCUAUCGCAAGUGCUGGCAUCGUUGGGCGAUUACUUUCUAUCAUAUUGGGUAACCAAGAAAGGAAACGAUGCCGUGCUCGCCAGCAAUGCAGAGAACGAUACAGUGAGGAUUCCUUUGCUAGAGAAUCGACUAUCCAGCUGGCUGAAUGAGCAGGGCUUGCCGGUGGACGCUGAAAUGCUGGAUACCUAUAUAUUCACGCUCAUUACGAUUCUCACCAUUGUGGUGACGGUGGCACGUUCAUUUCUGUUCUUCAAUCUGGCCAUGAAGGCCUCCAUUAGUCUGCACAAUUCCAUGUUCCAUGGCAUUAGUCGUGCUGCCAUGUUUUUCUUCAACACGAAUCCGUCCGGACGCAUUUUGAAUCGUUUCUCCAAGGAUAUGGGCCAAGUGGACGAGAUACUGCCAGCUGUGAUGAUGGAUGUCAUACAGAUAUUUCUCGCACUGGCCGGCAUUGUCAUUGUGAUAGCGAUUGUCAAUCCGCUGUUUCUCAUACCCACCGUUGUGCUGGGAAUUAUUUUCUAUCAGCUGCGGACGUUCUAUCUGAAAACCUCCCGCGAUGUCAAGCGCAUGGAGGCCAUUACUCGCUCGCCCGUCUACUCACAUCUGGCUGCCUCGCUGACGGGCCUGUCCACCAUACGUGCCUUUGGGGCACAGCGUGUGCUGGAGGCAGAGUUCGACAAUUAUCAGGAUAUGCACAGCUCCGCCUUUUACAUGUUUAUCAGCACAUCGCGCGCCUUUGGCUAUUGGCUGGACUGUUUCUGUGUGAUUUAUAUAGCGAUAAUCACACUCAGUUUCUUCGUCUAUCCGCCGGCCAAUGGCGGCGACGUGGGUCUGGCCAUAACACAGGCCAUGGGCAUGACGGGCAUGGUCCAGUGGGGCAUGCGACAGUCUGCCGAGCUGGAGAACACAAUGACCGCCGUGGAGCGAGUGGUUGAAUACGAGGACAUCGAGCCAGAGGGAGAACUAGAGGCAGCCGACCCGGAGAAGAAGCCACCCAAGUCAUGGCCCGCAGAGGGAAAGAUUAUGUUUGACGAGCUGAGCUUGCGCUAUGUACCAGAUCCCAAGGCAGAGUACGUGCUCAAGUCCCUGAAUUUUGUCAUCAAGCCGCGUGAGAAGGUGGGCAUCGUGGGACGCACGGGAGCGGGCAAAUCCUCGCUGAUCAAUGCCCUAUUCCGGCUGUCCUACAACGAUGGAUCCAUUCUGAUCGACAAGCGGGACACGAAUGAGAUGGGUUUGCACGAUCUGCGCAGCAAGAUCUCAAUCAUUCCCCAGGAGCCGGUGCUGUUCUCCGGCACAAUGCGCUACAAUUUGGAUCCCUUUGAGCAGUAUCCGGAUGAGAAGCUGUGGCAGGCCUUGGAAGAGGUUCAUCUCAAGGAGGAAAUCUCUGAGCUGCCAACGGGCCUGCAGAGCAGCAUUUCCGAGGGUGGCACCAACUUCAGUGUGGGUCAGCGUCAGCUGGUGUGCCUGGCCAGGGCUAUACUCCGCGAGAAUCGCAUUCUGGUGAUGGACGAGGCCACGGCCAAUGUGGAUCCUCAGACGGAUGGCCUCAUCCAGACCACCAUUCGCAACAAGUUCAAGGACUGCACCGUCCUGACGAUAGCCCAUCGCCUGCACACCAUUAUGGACUCGGACAAGGUGCUGGUCAUGGAUGCCGGCAGAGUGGUGGAGUUUGGUACGCCGUACGAGCUCUUGACCGCGUCCGAGAGCAAAGUAUUCCAUGGCAUGGUUAUGCAGACGGGAAAAUCCAGUUUCGAGCAUUUACUUAAAGUGGCCCAGGAUGCCCAGAAAAAUACCAUAUAAUAUUCAUAGCCGAAUACCUCUUCAAAACUAUAGCUAUAGCUAUAGAACGUGCUUAAAUGACAAUAUAAGGAAAAAAUAUCUUCGCGAGCAUGGGAUUUGUGUUCUACAUGAAGAGUGUUACUUAACAGAGUACAGAGUGUACUUAAACUUUUAAAAAUAUAUUAAAUAAACAUGUAAUUUUUACCCA